GCGUCACUUUUCACACUCUUUACGUUGGUUUACAUACAGAACAGUUCUUGAACUGCUCGAAGAUAUGGACAAAUUUCUACUGAUUCCUACGAUUCUUUCGUGGUACAACCUACUUAUACUCCUAGUAAUCGUGACAGAAGUAACUGUAAGUUUAGAAGAACCUCACCCUGAAAUAUUUCUGCAGCCCAGGAACUUCAACCCCCAUCCUUAUGAGGUUGCCGCACAGAAUGGGGAAAGGAAUGGACCAGUCCUCUUCCCUCCAAAUCCUGACGACAAUCUCGUCGAAGAUAGAAGUAACUUUGUCACUCCUAGAAAUUUUCCAAUUAGGGAUAUAACUCCAGUAGAUAGCCAUCCCUACGUUAAGGUUGCUAGAAAACAUAAAUACAGAGUCAGUGGACGUUUUAGUGAUGGGGGUAGGCAUGUCAGUAACCAUGCCCGGAAAGCUUUAGCAAAACAUGCAUCAGAGGUUCUUUCAUAUCCACCAGAACAAUUAGCUAAACGUAAAGCUUCCUCACAGCAACAGGGGAAGGACUACGCUUUCUCCUACAAAGUGGUGGAUCAUUUAAGGGGCGACGACUUCUCUCACUCCCAAACCAGAAAUUCCAAGGCUACGAACGGGGAAUAUCGUGUCAAACUGCCAGACGGGAGGGUUCAGAUAGUGUCAUAUACGGCGGACAAAAACGGCUAUAAGGCAGACGUCAAAUAUACCGAAAAUGAGGGAGUUGCAGAUCAACGUGGUAUGCCGCAUCAAGGAUUAAUGGAGGAUGUUCCACUUCAGAAUAGAGUUAACGUGUGGCUUCACCACAACUUUGCUAACCGGUGGAUUGGAAGAGGAGGUCCAGUUCUCUGGUCUUCGUGGUCGCCAGACCUAACGCCUCUUGACUAUUAUCUCUCGGGACACAUGAAAGGUCUAGUGUCAAAUAAACCACAAACCAGAGAUGAGUUAAUUCAAAAUAUUAUGGCUGCAGCUGCAUUCAUCCAAGAUGACCCAGAUACUCAUCAGAGGUCUACGUCUUCAAUUUAUUACUAA